AUGGCCGCGGAGGAGCCCAAGAAGGUGGAGGUGGAGGCGGCGCCGGAGCCGGAGGCCGCACCGCCAGCCGUCCCUGCCGCGGAGCCCGAGGCCCCCGCCAAGGACGUCACCGAGGAGAAGGCCGUCAUCCCCGCGCCCGCGCCGGCCGCCGAGGAGGAGAAGCCGCCCGCCGAUGACUCCAAGGCCCUCGUCGUCGUCGAGAAGGUUGCAGAUGAACCUGUUGCUGAGAAACCCACAGAUGAGAAGGCUGCACACGGCGGCUCAAAUGACAGAGACCUCGCUCUUGCAAGGGUGGAAAGUGAGAAGAGGAACUCUUUAAUUAAAGCAUGGGAGGAGAAUGAGAAGACGAAGGCUGAGAACAAGGCUACUAAAAAGGUGUCCGCUAUUCUCUCAUGGGAGAACACCAAGAAAGCAAACAUAGAAGCUCAACUGAAGAAGAUUGAGGAGCAAUUGGAAAAGAAGAAGGCGGAAUACGCCGAGAAGAUGAAGAACAAGGCUGCAAUGAUCCACAAGGAGGCCGAAGAGAAGAGAGCGAUGGUCGAGGCAAAGAAAGGGGAGGAGCUCCUCAAGGCCGAGGAGAUGGCCGCCAAGUACCGCGCCACCGGCCACUCUCCCAAGAAAGUCAUGGGAUGCUUCGGGGCCUGA